AUGUCCCUCUCGUCCCUCUUGUCCCUCUCGCCCCUCACAGCCGCUCACCACAACGAAAAAUUCGACAAGCAAGCCCACAUGGACGAGCUAGCCAACGCCCACGCCGUCGCAGAAGUCAACUCAAGGGCCCUCAAGGCAUGCCAAAACCAGCCUGAAGUACAAGCCCGCAAAGACCGCGCCAUCGCCCGCCGAGCCGCCACAUUCGACCGCCUCCGUCACGAAAGAGGGCUGGAAGAGGCCCCCUUCCACCACCGCCGUGACAACGCCUCCUUCCAAGCCUACGCCUCCCACUCACACGACCAGACCGGCCACCUCCCCUACACCAAAGACACGCCCCACUCCGAAAUAUUCGGCAGCAACACGAGCUGCACCCUGACACCCGACAACGCCAACGGGCCCUACUUCGUCUACCAAGAGCAUAUCCGGCAAGACGUCGUCGAGGGCGUCUCGGGAAUCCCCAUGCACCUCGAGUUGCAGUUCAUCGACGUCACUACGUGCAAACCAGCGAAUGUACUGGUAGACAUCUGGUCCUGCAACGCAACAGGUGCAUACAGCGGGGUCAGCGCCUCGAGUGAAGGCGGGCUCUCCACGACGUUCCUGCGGGGCGUGCAGCCCACGGAUGAGGAUGGGGUGGUGGAAUUCGACACCGUGUUCCCGGGCCAUUAUCUGGGGCGCGCAACACACGAGCACAUCAUCGCGCACGUGGGAUCUCAAGUCCUGCCCAACAGGACGUACAGCGGAGGCCGAGUAGCGCACCUCUCGCAGCUAUUCUUCGACCAGGGGCUCAUCGACGCCGUGGAGCGGACGGCGCCGUAUAGUGCGAACACGAUACCGCCGACGAGCAAUCUGGAGGAUGGGUAUACGGGUUAUGCGGCGAGUCCAAACUACGAUCCUUUUCCGAAUUAUGUUAUGCUGGGUGGGGGCUUGGACGGGGGGAUGUUCGUUUGGGCGGAGCUGGGGAUUAACACUUCGGCGAACUGGGAUCAUUAUGCACCGUAUGCGGCGACUUGGAAGGAGGGGGGUGGGUAUGACAACCCCGAUUUUGAUUGGAUGGCUGCUGCGUUUCCGCCGGCGACGCAUGGUUGA